AUGAUACGUUCAAAACAACUCGGAACUGGGAAUCCCGAAAUCCGACUUCAGUGUGUUGAAAAGAAAUGGGAACUCGUACAACAAAUGGGGCUCUGACUGGAAAAAGAAUCAUUUGAACGGUCAUCCAACUCGGAAUUUCAACUCGUGAACUCGGGCCUCUUUCCAGAGCUCCGACUUUUCACCCUAACGUAAUGAUCUGACAUUGUAUUGUUCCAAGAUCCCAGUGGUUUUGAACGCGCCGUCUUAUCAAAGUGAAAGUUGUUAACGUUAGUCAACACACUGCAACUGCAGCGCUACAAGGAAAUAUAUCGAUUGUUGCUAAAUAUGUUGCUAUAGAACGACAUAUGCAAGGGUAGAAAAAGCCUAGACGAUAACAAAAUGAGCUGUCUGCAAGAUGAAUUUGAGCUGGAGAAAAGUGUCCGGCGGUUCAGGGAGACAUUCCAUGGAAAGAUAGCGGUGGAAAAGGCAACCUUACUGAUGAGACGCUAUGCCAACAAACAUCAAAUGGUCACCUGGGCAGUUAUACUGAAGAAAGGCAACGAGCUGGAUGAUGAGGACAGAAAAUGCUUACAGACGGAUCAGGCAGUCAAGAAUGUGGUGCAGAGACUCACAGCUGAGGACAGGGAACCUCAGGUCCCUCCUGCACAACAGCCCCGAGGUAGCAGACAGCCUGAAGACGAUAAUGAUAUCAAGGAGCUGGGAGAGCGUCUGCGGGUCCUGCCUCUCACUGAGAAGAACAAGAGAAUGUUUGAUAAUGCCCAGCGCCACCUCACCCCCUCUGUCCUGCACCAGUUUGCCUGCCAGACCUGUGACAAGGACUGGUGGCGUCGGGUACCCCAGAGGAAGAGGGUAUCUCGCUGUCACCUGUGCAAGAAGAAAUAUGACCCUGUCCCUUAUGACAAAAUGUGGGGUAUUGGAGAGUUCUGCUGCACCAAAUGCACACGCUCCUUCAGGGGCUUUGGGAGGAUGGAUUUGGGCUCCCCCUGCUACUCCUGCCGAACUCUGGUGAUCCCAACAGAGAUUCUUCCUCCACGCAAGGGAGGGGUAGGAGGAGCAGGACCCAGAAAACCUAUCCCACACAGCUGCCUCGCUGAGGACUGUUACAACAGACAAGAGCCCCAUGUUCCUGGGACAGAGUGUGUCCACCCCCGCAGUCGCCAGAGGAACAGGAAGCCUCGCGUGGUCAAUCCCAGCUCCGUCCACAUCAGCUCCGGCUCCACCGUCAACACCUGCCUGAGCCAAGGAAGCCUGGAGAACCUGUACGACCUCAUCAUGGAUGACAUCAGAGAGGAGAGUGAAGAGGACAACAGUAGUGGUAGCAGCAGCAGCUAGAGCAGCACUGAUGUUACCAGUGACCAACAGUCGUGAGCAGCUUCCAUGCUUCCCCAAUUGUGCUUCCAACGAUCAGGAUAUGAUCACUUUUCUUAGGUUCACAUUCAGUGUAAGGAUGGCAUCUCAUAGGCCUACUGACAUAGUAUUGGUUGUACUUUCCUUUCAUUUUUAAAAACCAUGAAAAUACCGCUCAAUAUUCACAACAGUCAGAUGAUAUAAGUGAGAUGAUAUAACUAGUUUCAUGUUUUGCUUUUGUCUUUGUUUAUGCUUCUUGAAGUGUUGCCACGUGUUGUUGCUGCUGCUUUGUUAAUGUGUGAAUGAUAAGGGGAGAUUGACCGCACUGGCUACUGCCCAUAAUCCUGACUUUACUUUUGGUUACCUAUUCAGGAGAUACCUUUCUAGUAAUGUGUGUGUUUAAAUAGAUUUGUCAUAUCAACUUGAACAAGAAUAUAUCAUAAAACACAAAUAAUGCAUUUUGCCCCCCCCCCCCAAAAAAUAAUGCAUUAUGAAAUCUUACUAUUAUUCAUUUUCAAUACGACUCGGGUUCAAAUCAAAUUGUAUUUGUGACAUGCACUGAAUACAACAGGUGAAAUGUUGAAGACUUACCGUGAAAUGUUACUUACAAGCCCUUAACCAGCAAUGCAGAGUUUUAAAAAAGUAUGAAUAUAAGAAAAUAUUCAAAAACGUAACACAAUAAAAUAACAAUAACGAGGCUAUAUAUAUAGGGGUUCCCAAUACAGAGUCAAUGUGCGGGGUACAGGUUAAUUUAGGUAAUAUGUACAUGUAGAUAGGGGUAAAGUGACUAUGCAUAGAUAAUAAACAGCAAGUAGAAGCAGGGUAAAAAAAAAGGGUGUCAAUGCAAAUAGUCCGGGUGGCCAUUUGAUUAAGUGUUCAGGAUUCUUGUGGCUCGGGGAUAGAAGCUAUUAAGGAGCCUUUUGGAUCUAGACUUGGCGCUCUGGUGUCGCUCGCCGUGCGGUAGCAGAGAGAACAGCCUGAUAUGGGUGGCUGGAUUCUUUCACCAUUUUUAGGAGGAAAAAUCACAGACAUGCCACCAUGGAUUUUAAUAUAUCACUGUAAAUCAUUUAGAAGAUACCUGUACACCAAUAAAGCACAAUUUAUUCUGUUUGUUUCAGAAUAACCUGAGAAAAACCUUUACAGUGGGGUUCAAAGUUAUUGAUAAAGAUAAGCAAUAUUGACUUUAUAAAAUAAAGAAUUCAAACACAGCUAUAUUGUAAGCGGAAACAUUUUGAGAAAUUGUUAUUUUAUACUAAUACAAUUCCUCAGACGAAGAGAUGUUGUUUAACAGAUAAUAUUAUUUUUCUCUCAAAAAGGUAGUGGUCAAAAUUAUUUACACCCCUUAAUAUUCUUAGAAAUAAAAUAGUCAAAAAUGUUGUAUUUGGUCCCAUGUUCCUAGCACACAAUGACUACAUCAAGAUUGUGACUACAAACGUUUUGGAUGCAUUUGCAGUUCGUUUAAGUUGUGUUUCAGAUCAUUUUGUGCCCAAUAGAAAUUAAUGGUAAAUCGUGUAUGGUGUCUUUUUGGAAUCACUUUUAUUGUAAAUAAGAAUAUAAUGUUUCUAAACACUUCUACAUUAAUGUGGGUGCUACCUUGAUUGCGUAUAAUCUUUAAUGAAUCGUAAAUAAUGAUGAGUGAGAAAGUUACAGAGGGACUAAGCUCCUAGGUAUAACAUUGGAUGGUCAAUUAUCAUAUUGACUAAGUUGUUAUGAAGAUGGGGAGGGGUAUGUCCCAACUUGAUUACUGUCCGGUAAUAUGGCCAAAUGAUGCAAAGAAAAACCUAGCAAAUCUGCAGCUGGUUGAAAACGACAGCACGCCUUGCCUUUACAGUGCAUUCGAAAAGUAUUCAGACCCCUUAACUUUUUCCACAUUUUGUUACGUUACAGCCUUAUUCUAAAAUUGAUUCAAUAGUUUUUUUUUCUCAUCAAUCUAUACACCCCAUAAUGACAAAGCAAAAACUGGUUUUUAGAAAAAAAUUCUAAUUUAUAAAAAAUAAAAAAUUGAUAUCACAUGUACAUAAGUAUUCAGACCCUUUACUCGGUACUUUGUUUAAGCACCUUUUGGCAGCAAUUACAGCCUCGAUUCUUCUUGGGUAUGACACUACAAGCUUGGCACACCUGUAUUUGGGAAGUUUCUCACAUUCUUCUCUGCAGAUCUUCUCAACCUCUGUCAGGUUGGAUGGGGAGCGUUGCUGCACAGCUAUUUUCAGGUCUCUCCAGAGAUGUUCGAGUUUUAAGUUCCUCGGCGUACACAUCACGGACAAACUGAAACACAGACAGCGUGGUGAAGAAGGCGCAGCAGCGCCUCUUCAACCUCAGUAGGCUGAAGAAAUUCGGCUUGUCACCAAAAACACUCACACACUUUUACAGAUGCACAAUCGAGAGCAUCCUGUCGGGCUGUAUCACCGCCUGGGACGGCAGCUGCACCGCCCAUAACCAAAAGGCUCUCCAGAGGGUAGUGAGGUCUAGCAUAAAAGCCUGAUUGGUGAAGUCCUGCAGAGAUGGUUGACCUCUGGAAGCUUCCCUGAUAUCCACAGAGGAACUCUGGAGCUCUGUCAGAGUCACCAUCAGGUUUUUGGUCACCUCCCUGACCAAGGCCGUUUUUCCCCGAUUGCUCAGUUUGGCUGGGUGGCCAGCUCUGGGAAGAGUCUUGGUGGUUCUAAGCUUCUUCCAUUUAGGAUGGAGGCCACUGUGUUCUUGGGGACCUUCAAUGCUGCAGAAAUGUUUUGGUACCCUUCCCCAGGUCUGUGCCUCGACACAAUUCUGUCUUGGAGCUCCUCGGACAAUUCCUUUGACCUCAUAGCUUGGUUUUGCUCAGACAUGCACUGUUAACUGUGGUACCAAAUCAUGUCCAAUCAAUUUAAUUUACCACAGGUGGACUCCAAUCAAGUUGUCGAAACAUCUCAAGGAUGAUCAAUGGAAACAGGAUGCACUUGAGUUCAAUUUCAUGUCUCAUAGCAAAGGGUCUGAAUACUUAUGUAAAUAAGGUAUUUCUGUUUUUUAUUUUUAACAAACUUGCAACAAUUUCCAAAAACUGUUUUUGCUUUGUCAUUAUGGGGUAUUGUGUGCAGAUUAAUAAGGAUAAUGAAAAAUAAACAUUUUUAGAAUAAGGCUAUAACUUAACAAAAUGUGGAAAAGGGGAAGGGGUCUGAAUACCUUCCGAAUGCACAGUAACUGCAUAACAUCAACAACAUGCAUGCCAAUCUUUCCUUGUUGAGGGUUAAAGAGAGAUUAAAUACUUAUCUUGUAGUUUUUAUAAGAAAUAUUACUUUGAUGAGAAUUCCAGAUUGUCUGCAUAAUCAAAUAACAUACAUCUCAGACACACAUACAUACCCCACAAGACAGGGGACUCGCCAUAGUAUUAUACAGAGCCAUGAUCACAUGGAACCCCCCUUCUAUCUCCAAUUACUCAAGCACAUAUCAAAAUGACCUAAAAAUGUUUUAUAAAACAACAUCUCACGGCACAAUAGGAGCUGUGAAAUGACACACUCUAACAAAGUUUAAGGCACUGCGUCUCAGUGCUUGAGGCGUCACUACAGACACCCUGGUUAGAUUCCAUGCUGUAUCACAACCGUCCGCGAUCCCAUUUGGAGGCGCACAAUUGGCCCAGCGUUGUUCGGGAUUGGCCGGUGUAAGCCGUCAUUGUAAAUAAGUAUUUGUUCUUAACUGACUUGCCUAGUUAAAUAAAGGUAAAAUAUAUAUAUUUUAAAUACAUUCUUUAGUUGUAUUGUUUGUAUAUCGUUGUAUUUUAUAUUUGUGUGGCGGUUCUUGUCUAUCAGUGUUUUGUUACUUGUCGUGUUGUAUGUGUGGACCCCAGGAAGAGUAGCUGCUGCUUCAGAAAAAGCUAAUAGGGAUUCUAAUAAACCAAUAAAACCAGUAGUCUUUCAGGAUUUUCUGACACAAUACAUUAAUUACCAUUCAUUUCUAUUGGGCACAAAAUCAUCUGAAUCACAACCAAAACUAACUGCAAAUGCAUCCAAGUUUGUAGAGUCACAAGCUUGAUGUAUUCAUUGUUUGUUAGGAAUAUGGGACCAAAUACUAAACUUUUGACUACUUUAUUUGUACAAAUCUUUAAGGGUGUCAAUCAUUUGGACUCCUACCUUUUUGAGAAAAAUGGUAUUACUUGUUAAGAAAAAUCUAUUUUUCUUUAGCAAUUGUAUUGCUGUAAAAUGUUAUAAUUUCCCACUUGUUUUUGAGCGUACAAUAUAGCCCAGUAUUUGAAUAAUUCAUUUUAUACAGUCAUUAUUCCUCAUCUUUAUCAAGGGUGUCAAUUAUUUCAGACCCGCUAUACACACUCUUUGUCCCUGGAAAAUAAUAUUUGUUUGCCAAAUUGAAGCAUAUGGAAAGCAGUUAUGAGCUUGGAAAUGCCUCGGGAUGAAUCUCUUUACAAGAUUAUCUUUCCCUGAGGAAGGAGUAAAAGUUUAUUGAUGAUUUAUAAAUGAUCAAUAGAAUAACGUGGUUAUAUCGUUAUUACUUUCAUUUAAAUGGCAUCACAUUAUGUGUUACCCUGAUAUCUUCAUAUAAUAAACAGAAGGUCGGACUAAAUGGCAAGAUCCCGCUGAGUAUUGAAUACACAACUCAUUCAUUGACUCAAUACAGUGGCUUGCCAUCCCAUGUGUGAUUUAACAUUGCUUAUCUUCCGAUGUGACAGUUAUAGUUUAGUGAAAAGGGGUUGACUUGAUUAUAAAGCCCACAGUGCGUCAGUAGUUUACCACACAGUAGCUAGUGGUGUGGAGAGGAGAUGAAGGCAGAUGCCUCUCAGUGACUCGCUCUUUAAAAAUCAAUUUCUUAACAGGGUGUACCUCACAGCUCAGUCUGGCAGGUAGUGAGAUCUAGCCCAUCUGUGACACACACACAUACGUUGCAGUGGAGAGUGAGUGUGUACCAUAAGGCAACACACCAACUAACUGACUGAUGUUUGAUUUUAGUUUAACUGCUUUCCAAUCAGUCGAGGACUUUAGAGGAAACAUGCCUCAAAGACCCAUGCUGGUCUCUCAGGCAAAUUAUUGAGUCAAUCCAUCAUUGAGGGAAAUGCCCAGUCAUAUGAAUGAUGUUGUCACGACUUCCGCCGAGGUUGGUCCCUCCUUGUUCGGGCGGCGUUCGGCGGUCGACGUCUCCGGUCUUCUAGCCAUCGCCGAUCCAACUUUAAUUUUCCAUUUGUUUUGUCUUGUUUUCCCGCACACCUGGUUUGCAUUCCCUCAUUACUCGUCUUGCAUAUAACCCUCUGUUUCCCCCCAUGUCUGGGUGUGGAGUUCUGUAAAGUAGUGUGCAACUGGCUGCAGGGAAGUCAGGCACAGGAGAGCAGAAAUGGGUAGCAAACGGAGCCCUUUAUUGAGGCGAACAGAACACGGUACUAUGAAAACUAAACACACACGGGUUACAAUAACGCGGCGCAAACCAGCCUGGAGUACACAUACAUUUACAGAAAACAAUUCCACACACUGACAUUAAAAAUAAAGAUAAAUCCUUGAAUGAG